CCUCGAUAAUAAGUAAUAAAAAAUUCCUAGUCUACUACAAAUGAAAAGAGUUUAUGCACUAUUUUAUUGUUUGGUUUUUAUGGGUUUUUAUUGACAGGGGUGGGAACGAAAAUUCUAGAUUGCAGCGCCUUUUGUUGGUAGCCAUUUUAGGAAACAAUUUUUUUUUCAAACAAAUAUCCUCCCCUAAUCAGAAUGUUUACAUUGUACCGUAUUUUCCCAAAAAGUAAACAUAUUUGUUAUUGUUUACUUAAAACAGUAACAAUAAUUAUCCAGUAUUUCUUUAUAAACAUUUAUUACUUUUAUCGAGUUUCUUGUAAAAUAAAUAAAAAUAGAUCUUCGUUUUACUGAACAAAUUCUAACUGCUUUUUGAACAUUUAAAAUUGAAAACGUUUUAUAGUAAAACAAGUUAAAAAACAAGAUAUUAAAAUUAUAUUUAAGAAGAAAAAGAAAAUUAUAAAAUGCAGGAAACUUCAGAAUAUGCGAAAAUAUUGGUCGAACAUCGUGUCAAAAAAGAAAUGGUAGAAUUUAAUAAGGAAAAAAUUGAAGAACUAGAAAAGACUUUGAAAACCGAAAAAGAACAAUUAGACAAAUUAAGGGAGAAACAGUACAAACUUCAAGACAAUUAUUGCGAGACUGUUUGGAAUUUUUCAAAAAAACAUGAUUUUGGUAAUUUUUUUGUAAAUUAUCCAAGACAAAGGAUCCCCCCGCCAUGUAAUUGUGAAUUUCUCAAAGAGACUACUGAAAAAAUUGAAAAAGAGAUUCAAGAAAACGAAGAACUUCAGAAACUGAAUAACGAAAUCAAAAGUUUAGAACUUGAAUUAAAGAAUUUCGAGGAAGAAGAAGAGGAAAUUGAAAAUACGAAAAAAAGGAAUCUAAAAUUCUCUUCCGAUGACGAUAAUGAAAUUGAAAGAUUAACCGAAAUUCUUGAAAAGUCACAAGAGGAUUUAAAAUUCCUAGAGAAUGAAAUUGUGAAACAUCGACAAAAUGAGCAAGUGGCAACAAAAGAUGUUGAAACAAAUUCGUUUGUAAAAAUAAUGUCGAAAACAAUAGAAAGAGGUUACGAAAAACCUAAAAAAUUGAAACUCGCCAAAGAAAUUUCGCAUAGAAAGCAUAUUCCACUGUUGAAUUGUCCAAAUACGAUAGACAAUUAUAUGAUAGUAAAAGGGAAAAAUAAUCCUUCAACACAAGAGAUAAAUUAUCAAACAAAAAAUGAAGAAGCAGUGGAAAAUUAUCAAUUAUUAAAAAAUCCUAAUCAACAAGAAUCUGUUAUUUUGAGUUCAUGGACUCGAAAUACUGUUCCAAAUGAUUUUUCUUUUGUAGAAGCGGAAAGUUCGACGUCAGGAACAUUUUCAAAGAAAAUGGAAAUAAAAUCAAUGAUAUCGGAGGGAAAAUCAAAAAGUUUUACUCCAAAAAGAAAAAGUUCGAUUGCAGAGAAAUUCUCCCAAAAAUUGAAUGAAAAACUAAAUAAAUCGACGGAAUUGUAAAUAUUUUUCAAAGAAAUAAAUCGAAACAAUGCGAUAUCUAUCUAAUGCUAAUCUACAAGAACUUUUGUGGAUGGUUGAAAGUAUUUUUUGCCCUGAGGUAUGAUACGAAAGAUUCUAAGCAAGGAUGUUAAAAAAAUAUACACUGAAUACUACAAUUUUUUUUAAGUAUUCCGAGUGUUAAUUUGAAAUUCGAAAAAUUUUAAAUAAAAAUUUUUAAUUGUUU